AAGCAUCCAACAGUGCAACACAACUUGUCACCUCACUCCUCAGUUGACAGCUUACUUUGCCUUUCCUUAUCAACAUGGACACUGCUUUUGAUAACCUGGAUGCAGCUGGUUUCUUGGAAAUCUGGCAACACUUUGAUGCAGAUGAUAAUGGCUACAUUGAGGACAAAGAGCUUGAUGACUUCUUCCGUCACAUGAUGAAGAAACUGGGUCCACAGGAGAAAGUGACUGAAGAAAGGGUCCAGAGGCUGAAGCAAAGGUUUAUGUCCGCCUAUGAUGUCACUGCUGAUGGGAAACUACAGAUUCAGGAGUUGGCCAAUAUGAUCCUCCCUGAAGAUGAGAACUUCCUGUUAAUUUUCCGCAGAGAAGCUGCUAUGGAUAAUAGCGUUGACUUCAUGAAGAUAUGGAGGACGUACGAUGUUGACUGCAGCGGCUACAUAUCAGCUCGGGAGCUCAAGGCUUUCCUGAAAGAUCUCUUUCAAAAUCAUCAAAAGGAAGUGUCAUCUGAUAAAUUGGAGGAGUACACAGACACAAUGAUGAAAAUCUUUGACAAAAGCAAGGAUGGCUCUUUGGAUUUGAACGACUUGGCCAGGAUCUUGGCUUUAGAGGAUAAUUUCCUGCUCCAGUUCCAAAUGGAAGCCUGCGGGAAAGAGGAGAGAAAGAGAGACUUUACGAAGAUCUUUGAACAUUAUGAUGUUAGUAAGACAGGAGCGCUGGAGGGUGCCGAGGUGGACGGCUUUGUCAAAGACAUGAUGGGCCUGGUCAGGCCCAAUCUCACCGGUCCUGAGCUGGACAAGCUGCGAGGCGUCCUGCUGCGUCACUGUGACGUCAACAAGGACGGAAAGAUCCAGAUGAAUGAGCUGGCUCUGUGUCUGGGAGUCAAACAUAAACUCAGUUAGAGAGCUGUAUCGUGAGACACUGACUCUGUAUUGUUAAUGGCAGAAUGUGUUGGUUUUAUCCAGAUCAGUCUAAUUACCGAGUUAUUUAAGGUCAGAAUUCAUAAAGAGGAGUUAUUUGAUCUGACAAUGUUCAAAAAACGAUUUGAUACUGUGUGAUGAAAAAUAAAUUAAAUUACUGCAAGUCUUCUAAGAUUUUAAAUAACAGCUUUUUGUGCAUGUUGCAUGCCAAAAUGAAAGGAAUGAGAUGUAAUUUUUAUUUGUUCCCAAUUGACUGUCUGUCCUGUGAGAUGUGCUAUAAUAAUCAAUUGGGUGGUGCUGCAGUUCUUUAGCAAUUACUGUUGUUUCGACAUUUGCAUGUUUCUCUGACACAGAAGGCUGAAAUAUAGUAUGUGGUUGUGAAUAUAGUAUGUGCGCUGAAGAAGAAAUAAAAUAAUGACAUAAGCUGA